AUGGUUGGAAGAAGCUCAGACCCCAACAUCGGAAAAGUAGAAGUUCCUUGGGCUGCAGCACCUGAAGGAACUCGUUGGAACGACUCCAUCAGAGUCAAGGGAAUAUUCCUCGGACGAACUGAUAUCGAAGUCGAUGUCUUGAACGACAAUGAUGGAAUAAUUGCAAGGGAAAAAUUAAUGGUAACAGUGACACGUCCCGAGCGUGUAAUCGACACUUUAUUCACAGUCAGCGUAGCAACACUAGUUUCAAUCCUCUACAUAAAUUUUGGCUGUGCUAUGGAUUGGUCUGUGUGCAGAGAGACCCUGAGCCGGCCGAUUGGUCCACUAAUCGGUGGAGUCUGCCAAUUUCUCCUAAUGCCACUCCUGGCGUUUGGCAUUGGACGAGUCCUAUUUCCUGAUAAUCCGGAGAUGCAAAUUGGAAUUUUUUUCACGGGCAUAAGUCCAAGUGGUGGUGCAUCGAAUAUUUGGACAGUUCUGUUGGAAGGAAAUCUCAAUCUCUCUAUUGCUAUGACGAGCUUAUCAACAUUGGCUUCCUUUGCAACAAUGCCUUUCUGGAUUUUCACCCUGGGAAAAUACAUCUUCGACAGCGGAAAUCUCGUAGUUCCCUACAAAAGAAUAGCGUAUAUAGCAGUUGGUCUCGUGCUACCCCUGGGUGUGGGGUACUUUAUCCAGAAAAAAUUCCCGAGAUUAUCGAGUGUAAUGGUGCGAAUAAUGAAGCCCUUCUCCGUUGUGCUGAUUCUCUUCAUUGUUACAUUCGCUAUCUUCACGAAUUUGUACCUCUUUGAGCUGUUCUCCUUCCAGAUCGUGUUGUCAGGAAUGGGAUUACCCUGGCUCGGUUUUAUUUGCGGUUGGUUAGCCAUGAUGAUAUGCCGCCAACCACGAGCCGAUGUUCGAGCUAUUGCCAUUGAGACUGGCAUUCAAAAUACUGGAAUCGCUAUUUUUCUACUGCGAUUCAGCUUGAAGCAGCCAGCAGCUGAUCUAACGACAGUUAUUCCAGUUGCCUGCUCGAUGAUGACACCUCUUCCUCUGGGGAUUCUCUGGCUGAUUAAACUUGUUGUCAAUCGUCGAAAAAAAAAGUACGUUCCAUCCAUGGAGAAACUCCAAAGCGAUGUACCUCUAGCCACUACUCCCUCGGUUAUUUCUGAUUAA